GCUCAUACUCACUAUUCCCGCGCUGCAAAAGUUUAGUGAAAUCCAUAACGUGUUUGAUCAGAUAAAGAUAGCUUCUCAUGGAACACAUGUUAUUGCAGCGUACAGAAGACAUGGUUGUCUUCACAAGGCUGUCGCACUGUUUCACCAUAUGUGAUAAACAGUUCUAUAACCAGAUCAAUUUACAUUUGCCAGCGUACUCCCAGCCUGUGUCAAAACGGGAGCAUUGAACAGGGUGUAAGUAUCCACAAAAGCCUUAAAGGAUAGGAGAAUUUUAUCAGAUGUAGUCAGAAACGCACUGAUAGAAAUGCAUGCAAAAUGUGGAAGCAUAGACAAAGCACAUGAUCUAUUUGACAAAAUGCUUUGAAGAAAUGUGUUCUUAUGUAAUGUUCUGAUUGUAGGAGAUUCAAGCAAAUGGAACUAGCAGCUUUGGAGUCAGUUUCAACAAUCUUUGCCAGCAUCUUCCCAGCCUGUGCCAAAUGGGAUCUUUGGAACAGGGUAUGGACAACCAUCAAAGCAUAAAUGAUAGGGGAAUUUUUCCAGAUGUUGUAUUUGCAACUGCUCUUGUAGACGUGUAUGCAACAUAUGGAAGCAAAGACAAGGCACACGAACUGUUUGAGAAAGUGCCUCAAAAAAAUGUGGUCUUAUGGAAUGCCAUGAUUGCAGAGUAUGCACAAAAUGGAUCUAUUGACAAGAAUUUAGAAAUGGUCUGGCUUGACCCCAGCGUAGCAUUCCACACUCCGUACUCUGGAAUCCCCAAUAAAUUAUGGUUUAAAUGGAUAAAAUUCCGGUGACGGUCUUUAAGACAGUGAGGAUUCGAGAGUGGCAUAUUCUAAGAAUCAAGCGAUGAAACUACAUUCAAGACUGUGGAAUGCAGGUGUGAUUGAGCAACGAGAGGUGGUGCAAUAAGACUGACUAGAGCAAGCCUUCUUUUGUUGCUUCUUAUGGAAAUUUCAAACUACAGACAUGCUCUGCCUCCUUUGCUUGCUUUGUGAAUUCAUGGUAGUACAGUCCAAAGGCAUUGCAGUCGACUGAGCAGUAGAAACUUCAAUGUGUGCACAAGAAUUACAUGAUUUAUGAUUAUUGUUCAUAUAGUUAAAGCUUUUCAUAGGGCUUUCCUCCUGAAUGCACUCGCCAGGGUUUCAACUAAGUUCAAAAGACUAACAUACACAACCCUCAUUAUUUUGCAGGGAUUGCAAUCCUGAUCAAUUAAAUAAAUGUGUAACUAUCUUUUCUUUUGAAAGAUCUUUGAUUUAUUAGUCAGUAUUGAACGAAAAAACUCAGGGAUUUUGUAAAUUACUGGGUUGGCCAUUCUUUCGACAAAAAAAUGGAAGAGGCAGCUAGA